AUGAGUGGACAGGCUGCCAGCUAUUACAAUAACGAGGGUUAUUCCCACCCGCCGCCCCAGCAACAACCCAACUAUGGGUACAAUGGGAACUAUGGGAACUACGAACAGCCCCAAGCUCCAUAUCAGCAACCGAACUAUCAGCAACCUCCACCUGAAGUCAAACCACCUCCCCAAUAUCAGCAAAAUGUCCCGCAGUCUGGGUACAGCUUCGAUGAGGCCUUUAAGAUCGAAAAGCCCAAGUGGAACGAUUUGUGGGCAGGACUCUUGUUGAUCGCAGUUUUCCUUGGGUAUGCUGCGGUGUCCGGUAUUACCAUUCACAAGUAUGCGACCAACAAGGGCUUCAAUGGAGGGGGCAUCUACGACUCGGCCAAUGAUUUCUCGCUGGACACCAACACCCUCGUACUAUUCAUAUUCGUCCUCGCGGUCGCUCUCGUCUUUUCCUGGCUAUAUUUUAUGGGUGCUAGAUACUUCACCAAAACCUUCAUCUGGGCGACUGGUAUCCUCAACAUUGUCUUCGCCCUCGCAACAGGCAUUUACUACAUCGCGCGCAAGCAAUAUGGAGGUGGAAUCGUGUUCCUGUUAUUCGGAGUCUUCGCAAUCAUUUGUUUCAUCAGUUGGAUCCCACGCAUCCCUUUCACUGCAUUCAUGUUGCAAACCGCCAUGGAUGUUGCGCGCGGCUACGGUCACAUUUUCCUGGUCAGCGCUCUGGGUGGAAUUGUCACUGUCGCCUUUGCGGCCUGGUUCUCCGUCACCCUCGUCUCGAUCUAUGUUGCCUAUGAGCCUGAUUCGACGGGAACCAACCCAUCAUGCAAGGAUGGUGGUUGUAGCACAGCGAAGGUGAUCGGCCUGGUCGUGUACGUGACUUUCGCCAUGUACUGGCUCAGCGAAUGGAUCAAAAACACGGUUCACACCACCAUUGCGGGCGUGUACGGCUCAUGGUACUUCUGGAGCAAGUCUGCUGGCGGCAUGCCCAAGGGUUCGACCCGUGGUGCGUUCCGUCGCGCGACUACCUACUCUUUUGGCAGUAUCAGUUUGGGCAGUUUGAUCAUUGCGAUCAUCCAAAUGUUGCGUCAGGCUUGCUCAAUCGCGCAGCGACAGGAGGCCGCUCAGGGAAAUCUCAUUGGUAGCAUCUUCAUCUGGAUUUUGGGGUGCUUCAUCUCGCUGCUCGACUGGCUGGUCACACUGUUCAACCGCUACGCUUUCUGCCACAUUGCGUUAUAUGGAAAGGCGUAUAUUCCUGCUGCCAAGGAUACCUGGACUAUGAUGCGCGACCGAGGCAUUGAUGCCCUUGUUCAGGACUGCCUUAUGGGACCUGUCCUGACCAUGGGCUCGACCUUCGUUGCGUAUGUCUGCGCCUUGUUAUCCUACCUGUACCUGCAAUUCACCAAGCCAGAAUACAACAGGGAUGGCGAUUUCACCGCUGUCAUUAUGGCAUUCGCUUUCUUGAUUGGUUUGCAGGUCUGCCAGGUUUUCAUGACUCCAAUCAGUAGUGGCGUUGAGACUAUCUUUGUGGCUAUGGGCUGGGAUCCUCAGGUCAUGAUCAAUGACCACCCGGAGAUCUACCACAAGCUUGUGGAGCUAUAUCCCCAUGUGCAGCAGGCGGUUCACGCAUAA